UUUUUGUUUUCCAAAUUUGGAUUCUCUUUUUUGGUUGUUCUUUUUUGCACUUAUUUAUUUAAAAUGACGAACGGUGAUUCCAAUCGACAAGAAGAUUUAGCUAUUCGUCGACCAAGUUCUCAAGUAGUUGAUUAUGGUAGGAAUUAUGGCAAUUGAUCCAACUGUGGAGGCACGAUGUUUUAACGAAAUUAUGCGUCUUCGAAUUGAAAUGAUGGAAAGAGAAAAUAAUUUAAAAGAAGCUUUGAGAGCUGAAUUUCGAGCGGCUAUACAACAGAGCAAUACAGAACUUCGAGCAGCUAUGGAACAGAAUAGAAAUAAUCUUCAAACUCGGAUUGAUGAAAAUAAUACAGCACUUGAAAAUCGACUUCAUCAAAAUAAUACUGAUCUGCGUGCUGCUGUUCAACAGGGCUCCUCAAAUUAUACAGCGGUAAAGUUUAAGUUGCACUCUUAACAGACUAAUUUUUUAUUAAAUUUGUUAUGAUAACUUAGCUUAAAAUUUUCGAUUAAGUCUGAUAAUUAGAAAAUUGGCAGUAUUUCAGCGUCUAUAACCCAUAUAAUAAUAAGCUUUUGUGGGAUUAGGAUUUUUUGAAACAACCGACUGUAUGCGAACUAUAGGAGGUGAUUAUGAGUAACCUCCCCCUCCAUAAUUCUCGGGACAACCUCCUUUUUUGAACAACAUCCGUCCUUCUCUAAGCAACUUCCCCCGUUUCGGAACAACUUUCAUCGUUCUUGACAACUUUCUGACCUUUUCCUCUGAAACAACUUCCUCCGAUAUUGGAAAAAUGUUGUUUGACUUGCCCUGUCGUUGGAAUAGCAUUCAACGUUUCUAGAACAAUAUUCUCCAUAUUGAAACAUUUAUAUAGGGGGAAGUUCUUUUUUUGUUAUUUCUUUGGAAAUUUUACCUCAACCUAAAACGGCUCUUGCACCCUAUGCCCGCGCCAUAAUUACUCGCGCUUUAACGGCGGGCCUUUAUUUUUAUGGCCGCGCCAAAACGACUCCAAUCCAGGACGGUGUUUUACUUUUAAAAUAAAUUUAAUCAAAAGGCACGCAGACAUAUCAGGACGGACAUAACGGGAUAUUUCAAUGUACGAACCCUACUGAUUUCGGAACCUAUAGCCACUGGGUCUUGGAUAGUAUAUUGUCCUAUUGGGAAUAGAGUUUUUAUGUUUUAGUUCAAACGUAAACACGCAAAAAAUUAUUUUUGUCACCCCAAUCCCGAUAUGUCCGUUCGAUAUGUCCGCACACCAAUCAAAAUUUAUUAAGAAAUACGUCCUUUAACAAAAUUUUUACAGGUUGCUUCUUUAGUCGUUACGGUUAUUGCAUUUAUGGCAGGUAUAUUUUUUGCUAUUUUUCAAUCAAAGAAACCUGAAUAAUAUUUUUUUGAAUUUUUGUCAUGUUAAAGCGGGUGUUAUUGAUGUUUAAUUAUUUUAACGAGCCUUAUUCUAAAUUUACAAUAUUUUUAAAAAAAAUUUUUGAAUUUUUAAGUUUAGUUCAUUCGAUUCAAUCUUUAGUUUUGAGUAUAUGACUUUACUUUUUUCCAUUCAAAUAAUUUUCCUUUCCUUUAAAAAAUCUCUUGUUUUAUCUCCAAAUUGUCUCAUUUCCCAGUUUUUAUAAUUUUUUAUACUCGUAUGCCCCUUCUCUUUUAUCUGGAUACGGGGUUUAUUUUGGUUGUGAAUCCU